AUGCGGCGCGGGUGGUCCACGGUGGCGGCGGCGCAGAGGAGAGGCCGCACACAAGCCUCGGUCUGGGCUCGGGCUGGGGCGGCUGCAGCUGGCCGAGGCGGCGACGGCAGCGCGUCGGGGCUGCGGCGACCGGCGGAAAGGGGCGCUCGGGCACGGGGGAGUCGACAGGAGGUGAUUCUAGGCGGUGGCGGCGCGCUGGCGGCUGUGGCAACCCGGCUCGGCCAGGCUCGGCCUGGGUUGCAGCAGACCGCAGGAGCAGCAGCGGCGGCACCCGGCGAUGGCGGCGGUCGGCGGGGGAGGUCGCAGGAGCACGGUGCGAUCCCGGGGGAGGGUCUGCAGGAGAUUGAUUUGCAGAAGAAGAUACUUGAGAACUCGGAGGGAUUGUCAUCACUUGGAAAGAUUGCAUGGGAGGGUGAUCGAUAUUCCCAAAUCUUAGGAAAGGAAAAACGCGGAUAUGUGCGCGGUUUAGGAUUGGGUCCUUCUGCGAAUGAAAUCUUCAAGGCACGCUUUGAGGGUUUAAAAAUGACAACAUUUGAUGAGAUAACAGUUGAAAAAGAAAUGCGACAAAUGAAGGAACAUAUGGAGCGAUUAGAGAAGCAAAUACAGGAGCAAAACAAUACUAUCAUAGAAUUAAAACAUAUGGUACAAUGCUUAGCAACUGGCCGAGCAAUAGAGUGUGGCCAACUUAUUGAACCCUCUAUUGGAAGAGCAAGUGAAGUUGAAGAAUGUUCUGCGAGAAAUACUUCAGAUUCAGUUCAUCACAAUGGCAGCUCAAAGUGCAAAAAAUCUACAUGCCGUAAAAAAAUUGCUUCAGAUGCAUCCGCUUCUCAUAUAUGAUGUUCAUCUAUGGGCUUAUUGUUCAUUAGGUA